AUGUCAGAGGAGCACGAGCAAGCCGUCAAGCAGGUGACACAGGACGUGAAGGACGUCAAGCUCGAGAACGGGACGGCCCCGGGUUCAGCCAACGGAACAGCUACCAAGAAUGACGACAGUGCUAUCCCUUUUAAGGAUGCCUUUAAAAUGUUUUCCAAAUUCGGGGAUCCAAAAUCAGAUGGCAAACAAAUUACACUGUCACAAAGUGAUAAAUGGAUGAAACAAGCAAAAGUGAUAGACGCAAAGAAAAUCACCACAACAGACACAGCCAUUCACUUCAAAAAAUUGAAAUUGGUAAAACUUGGCAUUGACGAUUAUCAAAAGUUCUUGGAGGACUUGGCGAAGAGUAAGAAGAUAGAAUUAGACGAAAUUAAGAAAAAAUUAACAACUUGCGGUCAACCUGGAGUGUCGACACAUUUGCCAAAGUCGCCAGCAGCAGCGGCAGCGGUUGAUAGAUUGACAGACACAACAAAAUACACCGGGUCUCAUAAGCAACGUUUCGACCAAACUGGCAAAGGGAAAGGCAUAGCUGGCCGAAAGGAUCUCGUAGACGCCUCCGGCUAUGUUAGUGGAUACCAGCAUAAGGACUCAUACGACAAAGCACAU